AUGACAGACGUAGGACUCAUGUCAUACUACUUGGGACUAGAAGUAAAGCAAAUGGAGGAUGGAAUUUUUAUCUCUCAAGAAAGCUAUACAAAAGAGAUAUUGAAAAAGUUUAACAUGCUCGAUUGCAACUCUGUGAACACGCCGAUGGAGAGUGGGACAAAAUUGUCCAAGUUUGAUGAAGGAGAAAAAGUGGAUCCCAUAUUUUUCAAAAGUCUUGUGGGAAGUUUGAGGUAUUUGACUUAUACCAGGCCAGAUAUACUCUUUGCAUUUGGAGUAGUAAGUCACUUUGUGGAAGCUCCUACAUCGACUCGCUUGAAGGUCACUAGAAGAAUUCUUUGUUACCUAAAAGGUACGAUCGACUUUGGGUUAUUUUAUUCUUCUUCUAGUGAUUUCAACCUUGUGGGAUUUUGUGAUAGUGAUUAUGCGGGAGAUAUUGAUGAUAGAAAAAGCAAAACUGGUUUUGUGUUUUUCUUGGGUGAUUCUGUUAUUUCUUGGAGUUCAAAGAAACGACCAAUUCUUACUCUCUCGACUUGUGAAGCUGAAUAUGUAGCAGCAACAUCCUGCACUCGUGAAGAUCCGGUGUAUCAUAAUCGAAGCAAACAUAUAGACACAAGGUAUCGCUUCAUCAAAGAAUGCAUUACCAAGAAGGAAGUCGAGCUCAAAUAUGUGAAGUCUCAUGAUCAAGCUGCGGAUAUCUUUAUAAAGCCCCUCAAGUUUGAAGAUUUUCAGAGAUUGAGAUCAAGAAUUGGAAUGAAGAAGAAAAAUCAAAAUUAA